GAACUUGUAUACGCUGUCUUUAAGCCCAAAGUUAUUUUUUCUGUCAAAACAAAAGAAAAACUCAUCAUAUAGAAAAGCAAUCCACCAUGUCAACCCAACAACAACAACAACAAGAUGGUCAUAUAAUAAUGUUUCCAUUCAUGUCUCAUGGUCAUUUCACGCGAUUUAUAGCCUUAGCAAAGUUUAUCUCUCGAAGAAAACCCAACACUAAAAUCACUAUUGUUAGUACUCCUCUCAACGUCAAACACCUUCAAUCAACCCUACAAACAUCAGAAACCAACAGCAAUAUUGGUUUAGCUGAGAUUCCUUUCUCUAGUACUGAUCAUGGCUUACCACCCAAUUCUGAAAGCCUUGAUUCUUUACCACCUAAGCUAAUCCCAACAUUCUUCUACGCAUUAGAAACUCUAAAACCUUCAUUCGACAAUUUUAUACUCGAAACCAUAAGAACUGAAAAACUUGUCCCUAGUUGUAUUAUCUUUGAUCUUUUCCUUGGUUGGGUUACAGAUACUGCCAAACGUGUCGGCACGUUUAGUUUUUGUUUCCUUGAUGCUGCGUAUGGAGCGUCUAUGUAUUUCUCAAUCUGUUUACAUUUCCCACAUCGUACAAAUGAUGAUUCCAAUGAGCUUAUUGAAGAAUUUCACGUACCUGAAUUCCCUGAUACGUGUCGAUUACAUUUAUCUCAACUUAUUCCGAUGUUAAGAUAUUCAAACAAAGAAUCCGCAUUUGGUAAAUUUGCUCAGAGACAGAUUUCUCUUAUGUUGAAAUCGGAUGGAAUGCUUUGUAAUUCUGUUGAAGAAAUUGAUGUUGUGGGUUUGGAAAUUCUUAGAAAUCUUAUGGAGUCGAAACGAGUUUGGACUAUCGGUCCUUUACUUCCUUCAUAUUUACUACACGGUCAUCAAAAUAAGAACAAUGGGUCUGUUGUUUCACACUUUAGGAAAGAGAAAGAAUUUGGGAUUUCUCCAGAGAGUUGUAUUGAAUGGUUGAAUCAUCAAAAACCAUCCUCAGUUCUAUACAUAUCAUUUGGUUCUCAAUUUACAAUUAGUGCUCCAAAAAUGAUGGAGUUAGCUCUGGGUUUGGAGAAGAGUGGCAAGAAUUUUAUAUGGGUAUUAAGGCCACCAAGUGGAUUUGACAGUAAGUCUGAAUUCAAAUCGGAAUGGUUGCCAGAAGGAUUUGUUGAGAGAAUGAAUGAAACAAAAAAAGGGCUGCUGGUCAAAAAAUGGGCUCCCCAGUUGGAGAUAUUAUGUCAUAGAUCAACAGGGGUAUUUCUUAGUCAUUGCGGAUGGAAUUCAGUCUUAGAGAGUUUGAGUCAAGGGGUACCCAUAAUUGGAUGGCCCUUAUUUGCAGAGCAACAUUAUAAUUCAAAGAUGAUCCAAGAAGAAAUGGGGGUUUGUAUGGAAUUGGCUAGAGGAGAUGAAGGCGAGCUAUGCAGUGAAGAUGUGAAGAAAGUAAUUGAACAAGUAAUGGACGGUAGUAUAGGACAAGAUAUGAAGAACAAGGCAACCGUAAUUGCAGAGAAAAUUGGAACUGCAAUGAGAGAAUAUACAGAUGAAGCAGGUGGUCAUCAGAAAGGGUCUUCUAUUAGAUCAGCUGAUGAGUUUUUUGCAACUGUAAAUUCUGAAAAAGUAGCUGAUGUAGAAGAGCGUGCAGUAGGCUAACUUGAGGCUAUAGACUGGACCAGCGAAAUAUAGCUCAAGAAGGAUCCAUUUGAUGGGAAAUAAGCCGAUGAUCAAGUUUCUCUUUAACAAUUACUUCUUCGCAUUUUCAGUACUUUAAAUAAUUUCGAAUCUGCUAAAAAUUGCAAAUUUCGAGCAUGUAGGUUUUGGAUUUUUCCACCAUGUCCCAAGUCUCUUUAACUCUGUCCAACUUAUUGUUCCAUUCA